GCGGGGGUAUAAAAGGCACAGGCUGAAAGGCCGAAGCGACACCGAGACCUCAGCUGAGCCUCCACCAUCACCACCGAGGCAAUCCCAAACAUCACAUCCAAGAUGGGCAGGAUCAUCUUCUACGAGGACAAGAACUUCCAGGGCCGGCGCUACGAGUGCGACAGCGACUGCUCAGACUUCCAUGCCUACCUGAGCCGCUGCAACUCCAUCCGGGUGGAGAGCGGGGCCUGGGUGGUGUACGAGAGGCCCAACUACAUGGGCUACCAGUACGUCCUGACCAGGGGAGAGUACCCAGAGUACCAGCGCUGGAUGGGGCUCAACGACCGCCUCAGUUCCUGCAAGAUGAUCCACUUUACCAGUGGGACCCAGUACAAGAUGCAGCUGUAUGAGAAGGCCGACUUUGGGGGCCAGGCCGUGGAGGCCGUGGAGGACUGCCCCUCGCUCCUGGAGAAGUUCCGCUGGAGGGAAGUCAACUCCUGCAAGGUGUACGACGGCUGGUGGGUCUUCUACGAGCACCCCAACUACCGCGGGCGCCAGUACUUCCUGGAGAAGGGCGAGUACCGCAAACCUGGUGACUGGGGGGCCGUCAGUCCAACAGUUCAGUCCUUCAGGCGCUUCACUGAAUGAUUGAAACCAAUUGAACGUAAAAAAAAAGCAUGAGCUAUAUCAGGGCAUUAAGAGCUGACAUCUGACUAUGACUCUCUUUGGCCUAUGUUGUGAUUUUGAGCUGAGGUUUCAAAAAAAUAAAACUGUCCAGCAAAGCAGA